UCAUAGCAGUAAGCAGAGGUCAACGAAGGUCAAACUGAGAUUUAAAAUUUUAAAAAUACAUUUCGCCGGCAUCUUUCUUUGUAGAAAAGAUUGUGAGGUAUAUUUUCUUAACUUAAUAUAAUGGCUGCGAAGUACAAGAUUGUUAUGAUCCGGCAUGGUGAGAGCGAGUGGAAUCAGAAGAACCUCUUCUGUGGAUGGUACGAUGCCGACCUAAGCGACAAGGGGCGUGAAGAAGCACUAUCAGCAGGCAAGGCUUUGAAGGCUGAAGGGUACAAAUUUGAUGUAGCUCAUACAUCAGUUCUGAAAAGAGCACAAAUUACUUUGAACUCCAUCCUCCAAGAGUUGGGUCAGACUGAUAUUCCCAUCAAUAAAACCUGGAGGUUGAAUGAGAGACACUAUGGUGGUCUCACAGGACUCAACAAGGCUGAGACUGCUGCUAAAUAUGGUGAAGCUCAGGUGCAAAUCUGGCGCCGCAGUUUUGACAUCCCACCCCCUCCCAUGGAGAAGGAUCACCCGUAUUACGACACCAUUGUAAAGGACCCACGCUACGCUGGCGACCCGAAACCUGAAGAGUUCCCCAUGUUCGAGAGCUUAAAGCUCACUAUUGAACGUACAUUGCCUUACUGGAACAAUGUUAUUGUGCCUCAGAUCAAGGAGGGCAAGAAAAUAAUCAUUGCUGCUCACGGCAAUAGUCUCAGAGGCAUUGUUAAGCAUUUAGAUGGUUUAUCUGAUGCUGCUAUAAUGGAACUGAACCUGCCAACUGGCAUUCCAUUUGUGUAUGAACUCGAUGAAGACAUGAAACCAGUUGACUCCAUGGUGUUUCUGGGAGACGAGGAGACUGUCAAGAAAGCUAUGGAAGCAGUGGCCGCCCAGGGCAAAGCUAAGUAAACUUUACCCAAAUAAAAUUAGAAGAGAUUACUAAUUUUUAAUUAAACAAAGCAUUUUGACACUAGCUAAGGCAAAAUGGUAAAAUGAUGAUGCCCUAUUAAAAUAUGUACACUGUAGGUUACACACAUAUUAUUUAAGUAAUAUGCUUUGUUUAGUUAAAAAUUCGACUGCAGAGAUGGGGUUACUGCAUAUAAGUGUUAUUUAUUUGUUUAGGAAAGUGGAAUAAAAACUCAGUUAUUUAAAUUUAUAUUUUAGUAGAAGAAAAUUAGGUAAGUACAUAAUACAUUUUGGAAAAAGUUUAGACAAGUUUAUAUUGAAAAUCAUAGGCAUUUGGGCAAGUACCAAUCACAUACUAGCUCUUUUGACAGCUAUUUAUAAAGGGUAAAACAUAAAGCGCCACCCAACUUCACUUGAUCCUGUCUGUUUGCGCUGGCCUUUAGAUGUUAAAAAUGUACAAUAAAAAUUACUCAAAAUAUAAAAAGAAAUAUAUAUUAUAAAAAGAAAUAUAUAUUAUACAUUGAAGAAUUGUUACCACUAAAUGUUAUGCUUUAUUUAAUUAUUAUUGUUUUUUACUAAAUGUUGAGCCUGAGAUUAUUUGAAUACCUAAUAACUGUGUUUGUAAGCAAAAAUAUUGUAUGACUGUGUAAUAAAUGUAUUAUAAUUUAUAGAA